AUGGACGGAUUCCGCGGCGCCGUGGACGCCGUCGCGGCGAUCUUGCGCCGCGUGCUGCUACGCGACCCCAGCAACCGGCGCGAGGCGUGCACGUGGCUCGCGGCGCUAAUCGGUCGCGUGCAGCUCCCGCCCGCGCUGCGCCGCGCGCUUGUCUGCCGGCUCGUGGCGCGCAGCGGAUCGCUCGACCCUGGUGAGGCCGUGGGAAAGGAGCGCCUUUCUCAAAACUCCCAAGGCCCCGCAUCCCUCGUCCCCCAUCCUCCAUUCCCCCUCCCCCGACCCUCAUUCCGCAUCCCUGUUUUCGCUCUCCCUCUCCGGUUCUCUCGAACUCCCAGCGUCCCAACACCCUCCCCAGCCCCAUGCGCCUCUGACAGCUCUCUUAAUCCGCUCAUGCCUCUCCUUCCCCGCUUUAAUUCCCCACACCCCCACACUUCUCCCAUGCCCCUCCCCUUCCCCCCCUCCUCCCCAACCCCCUCCAAGUCUUCCCCAGGCGCCUCUGACCGCUCGCUGCUGCGCCAGCUGCUGCAACUGCUGUGUGAGGAAAGGCCGAAAGAUGCCGCCCGGCUGCUGAUGCAUGACCCUGACCUCAUCCGCUCGUUCUUUGCUGCCAAUCCUCACCGCAUUCUCUUGUGGUUCGACCAUUUCAGUCUGGGGCCUGGCAGUCAAGGGGGCAGAUGGGGGGAAGAGGGGGAGAGGAGCAGGGAACAGCAGAGACCAAGCGCCUAUGCUGCUACUGCCUAUGCUGGUUCUGGUUCUGGUUCGGCCCACACCAAGUUGGCAGGGUCGGCAGCAGCUGGUGACGCUCUGCACCGGGACAGUCCAGGUUCGGGCCGGCUUGUCUUGCCGACCCGAGCUUUGGUUCGGAACCACAGGUUCGGGGCGCAAGCCUUGGCCGAGUUUGCGUUUGCACAUCGGGAGGACCAUUGGCACCGGCUGGUGUGGGCAGGGAAGCAUGCGCAGACACCUGUUACUGUUGCUGCCCGGCCGCAUUAUUUCUGCGAGCUGGACAUCUCGGGCACCAUGAAAAACUUUUUGCGCGAGGUGCCCGAGUUCUGGCUUGUAAGGGAGAUGGAAGAUGAGAGGAGGAGGAGAGGGUGGGAGGAAGGAGUAGAGGAAGUGUUACGCACGGAGAGGAGGGAGGGCGAUGGGAGGGACGUGAGGGUAAGGAAGGUGUGGAUAAGGGAGGAGCGAAUGCAAGCGCAAAUACAAAUUCAAGAGGAAAGGAGAGGGCGACAAGGAAGAGAGAUGGUACACGAGUUGGUGGAAGACUUUGUUGACUCGGUUGACUGGGCUCUGCUGUGCUCUCGGGUGCUGGCUGGGGCGGGUGAAGAGGGGCUGGAGAGUGUUGCUCGCGGGGUGUGGCGAUGGGCGCAGGGGAGGAGAGGGGAGGAAGGAGGGGGGCCGGACAGGAGGGAGGGUGGGAGGAAGCGAGAGGAUGGUCGAGAGAGGGAGAGGGGGAUUGAAAGGGAGAGGGGAAGAUUGAAGGAGGGGGGCGGAGAUGGGUGGGCUGGGGCAAGGGAAAGGAGAGGGAGAGAGGGAAGGGUGAUUGAGAUGGGAGUGGGAGCGGGGAUGGUGGAGGCACAAGGAAUGAUGGACGAGGUUCUCAUUGGUGCAUGCUGGGAUGGAGAUGAGGAGAGGAUUAGAGGGGGCCGGAGGGAGGAGGACGAGGAGUGGAGCAGAAGGGAGAGGAGGGAGAGGGAUAAGGAGAGGAACAGCAGGAGGGCAAGGGAUGUGAAGGCAGACCAACUCGCAUCACUCCCUUCGCUGGAUUCGCUCUCUUCAUUCGAGCGCCUGCUCCUCCUCGUGGCCGGUGCGUGCCACGGCAGGCAGACCGCUCUGCUGCUGCUCCGGGAGCCCGAGUGGGCCGACGAGCGGGAGGAGUUGACUGCGGUGCUGCGCGGUUGCUUCGCCACCUCUGUGGGGGAGCCACCUGGGAAGCAGCUAGUAGGCUAUAUUCUGGGAAGUGGUGGUGUGGAGGAAGGAGAGGGGAGGGCGAGAGAGGGGAGGCGGAGGGGUGAGGAGAGGGAGAGAGAGAGGCAAAGGGAAAGAGGAAGGGAGUGGGAGGGAGGGGAGGAGAGCAUUGCAGGGAUAGAGGUGGUGGUUGGCACGUGGAUGGUUAGGGCGCAUCUCAUGGCGAGUAUGGGAAUGGAUGGAGGGCAUACGGGAAUGGAUGAUGACGGAUUAGCAGGGAUGGGAUGUCUGGCGGGGGGAGAUGAGGCUGUGGGGGUGAUGUUGAGGCGUUUAGGUGUUGCUGUGGAGAGGGGAGGAGGUGAGGGGGGGAUGGGUGAGGUGGGCGGGGAGGGUGGGGUUGAGAGGGUGGGGGAUGGGGAAGGUGGUGAGAAGAGGAGGAAGAGGGAGAUGAAGAAGGAGAAGAAGGGUAGGCGUGGCAAGCUGCUAUUGGGACCUCUAAGUGUCACUUGCAGCACGAGGGAGCUUUCAGAUGCCGUCGCAGAUGGCUUGCUACGUUUGUGCGUACUGUCAAAGGAGCUCAUUGGAUAA